CUGCCGACCGAACCAGCACUCCACUCCCCACACCUUUCUCCUUUCUUCUUCUUCCUCCUCCCCAAAACCCUAGAAACCCCGAUCCUCUCUCUGCCCCUCUCCGAUGAGGCUCCGGUCGCGCGAGGUCGUCCGGUCGAGCCCCUCCUCCGAUUGCCCUAACGGUACCGAGCGGGGAAGCGACGGGCAAGAGGGCAGUGAAAGCGUGAUUUGCGUGGACGAAGUUGAUUAUGAUCCGUUUUCGGAUUCCGAGACGAGCGGCGGCGGCGGCGGCAGCGAUGGUGAAGUGGCGGAUUCUGGCAAGCUUUUGGCCAAAAGGGCACGAGUUCAACCUGAAAGGGAAGUGGAGGAUGCGAGCCACGAUGUAGAGGAAGACAUCCUGGAGGGAGGGGAAAGUGAUGGCGAUAGACAGAUCAAUGAAAUCGCUCUGCAGCUGGCUAAUAUGAGAAAUAUCGGCGCUAGAGGCUCAAGGAGGAAGAGAAAAGGCCGAAAGAAGAGAGAAGGGCCGCCGUUAGUGUGGGAAAUUUGGGAAGAAGAACAUGAGAAAUGGAUCGAUGAGAACUUUAAAGAAGAUAUUGAUCUGGAAAAUCAGAAUGAAGUAGUAACAGAGACAGUGGAGGCAUCCUCAGAUUUGAUCAUAGAAUUACUGAGGUAUCAGAAAGAAUGGCUGGCUUGGGCUCUAAAACAGGAAGAGUCUGCAACGAAAGGAGGAAUUCUUGCCGAUGAGAUGGGAAUGGGGAAGACUCUUCAGGCAAUUGCUCUCGUCCUAGCCAAACGCGAAAUCAUCCAUAGCAUAGGCACUGGAUUGGACUGGUGCUUACCUUCACCAGGUUCAUCGACCAGUUUGCCUGAAAUUAGAGGAACCCUAGUCAUAUGUCCUGUGGUUGCUGUGACUCAAUGGGUUAGUGAGAUCAAUCGCUUCACUGCCGCAGGAAGCACUAAGAUCCUAGUAUAUCAUGGAGCAAAUAGAGGAAGGACCGCUGAGCAGUUCAAGAACUAUGAUUUCGUUAUAACCACAUAUUCACUUGUUGAAGGCGAGUACAGGAAAUUUGUGAUGCCACCCAAGAAGAAGUGCGUGUAUUGUGGGAAGUUGCUUUACAAGGAGAAAAUGACGGUUCACCUCAGGUACUUUUGUGGUCCUCACGCUAUCAAGACAAUGAAGCAGUCUAAGCAAGAAAAGAAGAAAGGCAGACAGGCAACGCAGCAGAGAGAUACAGAAUCUACCGUAGACAGCAUUAGUGAUUUGGAGGAUGAUCAAAGCCAUCGUGUGGGGAAGUCGCUUCUACACUCAGUGAAGUGGGAACGCAUUAUUUUGGAUGAGGCUCACUUUGUCAAAGAUAGGCGAUGUAAUACUGCUAAAGCAGUUCUCGCACUAGAGUCUUCAUACAGAUGGGCCUUAAGUGGAACACCUCUUCAAAAUCGUGUUGGGGAGCUCUACUCUCUUGUCCGUUUUCUUCGAAUUGUGCCGUAUUCAUUCUACUUAUGUCAAGAUUGCGAUUGCAGAACACUUGAUUAUAGUUCCUCAAAACAAUGUCCUGACUGCUCUCACAGUUCUGUACGGCACUUUUGUUGGUGGAAUCGAUAUAUAGCGAAUCCUAUACAAGCACAUGGAAAUGCUGUUGGCAGAAGGCGAGCAAUGAUAUUACUAAAACACAAAAUUUUGAAAAACAUAUUGCUGAGACGCACAAAAAAGGGAAGAGCUGCCGAUCUUGCACUUCCACCUAGAAUUAUUACUUUGAGGCGGGAUACACUGGACAUUAGAGAAGAAGACUAUUACACAUCAUUGUACAAUGAGAGCCAAUCUCAGUUUAAUACAUAUGUUGAGGCAGGAACUCUGAUGAAUAAUUAUGCGCAUAUUUUUGACCUUCUCACGCGCCUCCGCCAGGCAGUUGAUCAUCCUUACCUUGUUGUUUAUUCGAAGAGUGCUGCUUCAAGAAGUGGAAGUAUGGUUGAGCCUGUUACUGGUGUACAGCCAUGUGGUGUUUGUGAUGAACCUGCAGAAGAUCCUGUGGUUACCUCUUGCGUACACGUAUUUUGUAAGGCUUGCUUGAUUGAAGUUUCUACUUCAUCGGGACAACUCUCCUGUCCUACAUGUUCUAAGCCGCUUACUGUUGAUUUGUCUUCAAAGUCGGAUGCUGGAAAUAAUUCUUCAAAAUCAACUAUCAAAGGGUUUAAAUCCACCAGUAUUCUUAACAGGAUACAACUGAAUGAUUUUCAGACAAGUACAAAAAUUGAAGCUUUGAGGGAAGAAAUUAGAUUCAUGAUUGAACGGGAUGGUUCUGCCAAAGGCAUUGUUUUCAGUCAGUUUGCAUCGUUCCUGGAUCUCAUCAAUUAUUCCCUACAAAAGUCGGGCAUAAAUUGUGUUCAACUGGUGGGGGACAUGACGAUAAAUGCGAGAGAUGCUGCCAUAAAGAAAUUCACUGAUGAUCCCGACUGUAAGAUCUUCCUUGUGAGCUUGAAAGCUGGAGGCAUUGCUCUUAAUCUUACAGUUGCAUCGCAUGUGUUUGUGAUGGACCCAUGGUGGAACCCUGCUGUGGAGCGGCAAGCCCAAGAUAGGAUCCAUAGGAUUGGACAGUACAAGCCAAUCAGAAUCAUGAGGUUCGUUAUUGAGAACACGAUCGAGGAGAGGAUUCUGAAGUUGCAGGAGAAGAAGGAACUAGUCUUCGAAGGGACUGUCGGAGGUUCGUCAGAGGCUUUGGGGAAGUUAACGGAGUCUGAUUUGAGAUUCCUGUUUGUAACCUAACGGGUUAGAGUCUCUCAGGCCUCAGAUAAGGGUAAAGCUAUGGCAGUUUGGGGCACUGUUCAUCUCCAUUGUCAUUAAAGUUGUAAGUAGGUGUGCUCUAAAGUUUUGACUUUUGAACUUCAAUUCUUUACUUCUCGGCCGAGUAU